CAUAUAAACGCAGGGAGCGCUCAUACUUGAAUGAUUAUACAGGUACGCUCUCUAGAUUCCUUGGUGGAUGUACGAUAUCCGAACUUACUUACUUAUUACGUAAAUGUAGGCUCCUGUAGAUGUCCUAAAUCUUAGGAUGUAUAAAGAGUAGCUCUCAUGUUCACCAUUCUGCUUCAAUACAACUUUUGGAGUUGGACAUUGUUUCCCGGGGAUAGUUGACCAGAUUGAACAAAACGUUUUGGUAAAAGCCAACAGAAUACAGAUUUUGUAUUGGAGUGAAUCACAGAGGCUGGAGAGGCUGAUCGUCAUCAUGAAGGGUGUACCUCAGGACUGGCUGAGAGGGUUUGGGUUGCUAUUUUUUGCCCAAACAGUACUUUCUAUGGUGAUCCCUAACUCUACUCACCUGGAGGCUAUACUGGAGAAGUAUAUGAACAAAGAUGAUGAGUGGUGGGUGUCCAAACAGAGAGGGAAGAGAGCCAUCACUGAGGGUGAUAUGCACCUCAUCCUCGAUUUGCACAACAAGCUCAGAGGUCAAGUUUAUCCUCAAGCUUCAAAUAUGGAGUAUAUGGUUUGGGAUACGGAGCUGGAGAGGAGUGCUGAACACUGGGCACACACCUGUCUGUGGGAGCAUGGACCACAACACAUGCUAACCCAGAUUGGACAGAACCUGGGUGCCCACUGGGGAAGAGAACGACCACCAACAUUUCACGUCCAAGCCUGGUAUGAUGAAGUGAGAGACUACAGCUAUCCCUAUCCACAGGAAUGUAACCCACACUGCCCUUUCAGAUGCUCUGGUCCCGUCUGCACUCACUACACACAGAUGGUUUGGGCAACAAGCAGCCAUAUUGGAUGCGCUAUCAAUGUGUGCUACAAUAUGAAUGUGUGGGGCAUGAUUUGGACUAAAGCUGUGUACUUGGUUUGCAACUACUCACCGCCGGGAAACUGGUGGGGGCAUGCCCCAUACAAACAUGGCAGCCCGUGCUCUGCCUGUCCUCCCAGCUACGGUGGAGGCUGUAGGGACAAUCUCUGCUACAAAGAGAACGGAGUACAGAGACGUCCUGCCCCUGAACUAGAAGAGACAAAUUACAUUGAGCCGGAGCCACAGCCAGAACCGAGGGCCCAAGAGCCUCGGGCGAGACCACUGCCACCAACACCAUCAUCCAAUGACAACGUGGAGAGGAAUGAGUUGGUCAGCACAGUGCAAAUGUGUCAACAGAUGGACUGUGAGACCAAGCUGCGUGAUCGUUGUAAAGGAACCACUUGUAAUAGGUACGAGUGUCCUCCUGGAUGCUUGUCUAGCCCAGGAAAAGUAAUAGGGACUGGGUAUUAUGAUAUGCAAUCAAGUGUUUGCGGAGCUGGUUUACACGCUGGAAUCAUAGACGAUGGUGGAGGCUGGCUGGACAUUACAAGACAAGGAAGAAAAUCACAUUUCACAAAGUCAUACAAAAAUGGUGUUCAGUCUGUUGCGAUGAACAGGAGUGCAAAUGCCUUCAACGUAUUUACUGUACCAGUAAAAGCAGUCACAUGUGAGACCACCGUUGCACGGUUCUGUCCCUACAAAAAACCUGCACGGCACUGUCCAAGGAUGUAUUGCCCCCGCAAUUGUCUGCAUGAGACCCGUGCCAGAGUCAUUGGAACACAAUGGUAUUCGGAUAAAUCCAGUAUAUGUCGAGCAGCCAUCCAUGCUGGUGUCAUUCAGAAUGACUCAGGAGGCUACCUGGAUGUGCAGCCUGUGGACAAGAGGAGACAGUACAGCGGUAGCUAUCAGAACGGAAUCUCUUCAGAAAGCCUACAGAAUCCCUCAGGUGGCAAAGCAUUCAGAGUAUUUGCAGUCAUUUGAAUCCACAUUGCAAGGACACUGGCAAUGAAAAUGAGCACUUGUCAUUUAACACCCAGUCAUUUCACGGCCAGUAAUUACACUGCUUAUGGUUUCCCUCUCUUCCUAAGCUGCACCUCAGCUUCUCAAGGCUGUUCAAUUCACUUUGAUCACAACAUAUAUAAAGAUACAAUGAUCAAAUGUAGAUCUUUUAAGACUGUAUAUUGGAUGUAUAUAACAUGUUGUAAAUAAGUUGAAUGUCUAACAACUGCAAUCUCUCAUAGAUAUUUGUAUCAGAACAGAAAAAGACGUAAUGUGCAUGCAUGGUAAAGGUUUUAAUUCUAUGAUAUUUCAAAUCUUGUAUUGUUUUUUUAAUUUGUAAGUAUUUUAUACAUUUUGAUGACUGAUGUUGAUGUUAUAUUUCAUGCUACAAAAUUGUAUAGCCUUUAUUCAUAGAUUUUUACAGUUGAAGCCUGGCUGGCCAGGAGUGCGUCAGAGAAUUUCAUAGCACGAACCACAUGGCGAGACACCCAAAAUAUGCAUUAUUUAUUUACAUUUGUGAAGAAAUCAUUGUUGUCAAUGGUCAAUUCUGGAAGGAUAGUUUGGACUUUCAUAGCAUGUCUUUUAGCUGAACAUACAGUAUAGCAAUUAUUAUAUGUUUCAUGAAAACCUUAUCAGUUCGCCAUUGAUUGCUACUGUUCAUAAUACAGUAGCUGUAUGGUAUGUAGUUUAUAAAGCACUACCUCACGUUGUUAGAAAGGCACCAUUAAUGUACUGGAAACUACUGGUACCCUGUCUGGAUGGCAGAGAGAGUACUGUCUUACUGUCCUAGAUCCAACAUGUGUUUGCCAGGUUCACAGGGCAUUACUGUGUGAUAAAGGGCUAAAUCCUGGUGUA